GAACUGGUUUUUAAUAAAUCUGUGCUAGCUAGUUUUAUUAAUUUAUCGCUCUUUUUUGGUUUUGUAUUGCUACAAAUGUCUAUCAUUCCAUUACUGAGCGCGGAAUUUUUGAAACUCAUGUUGUACAUUCAACUGAGUUUGGCCUUAUUCUUUGGAGACGCAUAUCUUUCAACCAUUGUUCAAGCAGAGUGCCUCGGAGUCAGUCAUUCGUGUAGCGAAAUCCAUUUUGUUGGCACAAACCUAAAAUUUCAAAAAGCCUUAGUGAUGCUAAUGGCUAAGACACAGAAGCCAGUAACGUUCACAAUUGGGCGUUUUGCACCGUUGUCUAUUAACUCCGUUUUUACAGUAAUCAAAGCCGCGUUUUCUUAUUUUAUGCUUGUGCAAAGUUUUAAAAAAGAAGAGCAAGGUAACUAGUAAUCUAGAGGAUCGUGUGCUGCUCAAUGGUAUACAACUAUCCCUUCGUUGAUAAUCUCUCACCUGUCACUUCAAUAGGCUAUAGAGAUAGACAAAACCUUCACUCGGCACAUAAGUUAUACCAUUGAAUUUAUCUA